ACGGUUGAAUGCAAGGAAUCAUUCAAACUUCAACACUCUCUCUCUCUUUCUCUCUCUAGGAUGCUCCCAAAUUGCUGAACAGAAAGUGAAUGAUGCAAGCUGGAAAGAUGAGACUAGAAAGAGACAGAGUUUAAUAUUUUAAGGGGAAAAAAUAAUAAUAAUAAUAAUAAAAAAACCAUAAAAGACUAUAAAAAAGCGAACAAAGAUCGCGGCUUUCUCAUGAUCACUCUCUCCCACGGGUGGGGGCUUAGAAGUUAGUUUCAUUAGCAUGAACUUGUUGAUUGUCAAAAAAAAUCUUGCACACAACCUGCUUUAAUGGGCUGCUUUCACUCGAAGAACACUAGACGGGUACCUGGGUAUGAGGAACCUACUGUUCUUGCUGCCGAAACAAUUUUCAAUGUGAGUGAAGUACAGGCCUUGUAUCAGCUAUUCAAAAAAUUAAGCAGUUCUAUUUUUGAUGAUGGAAUUAUUCACAAGGAGGAGUUCCAGCUUGCUCUCUUCAGGAACAGAAAUAAGAGGAAUCUCUUCGCAGACAGGAUAUUUGACUUGUUUGAUAUCAAACGCAAUGGGGUUAUUGAGUUUGGAGAGUUUGUUCGAUCACUGAGCGUCUUUCAUCCAAAUGCACCUGUAGCAGACAAAAUUGAUUAUGCAUUUAGAUUAUAUGAUCUAAGGCAAACUGGAUAUAUUGAGUGGGAAGAGUUGAGGGAAAUGGUUUUGGCUCUCCUGCAUGAAUCAGAUCUGACUCUUUCAGAGGAUGUUGUUAAAACAAUUGUGGAUAAGACAUUCAGCGAAGCAGAUACAAAAGGUGAUGGAAAGAUUGAUAAAGAAGAGUGGAAGGAGUUUGUAUCAAAGAAUCCUUCUCUUCUGAAGAACUUGACUCUUCCAUAUUUGAAGGAUAUAACCCUAGCAUUUCCGAGUUUUGUGGUGAGCCCUGAUGUUGAAGAUUCAGAAGUAUAGUUACUAGAAAAGGUUAAGAAUUUCAUGUGUUGCGAUGAUGAAUGCUUUUGAGUUUUGAGUGACUAUCUCCUAUAAGGAAGAACUUGGAAUUUGCAUAAUCUGAUGGUUAAGACGACGCUACAAGGACAGCCUAGUUGCCAAGCAAGAUGGUUCACAAGACUUGCUUUUCUCUUCUGCUGUAUAAAAGUUAUGUGUAUUGCCUGUAUUAAGCUUUUUCACAGUGUUCAAGUGGCAAGGCUUUCAAAGCGCCUUCCUCGAUGCUUGGGCUCGAGUCUUACACUUCACGAGGCAGUGCAACGGCUUAUGCGCUGUGAGAUCAAUCCAACAACACUGAAAUCACGUCGUAGAAGUCUCUCUGGUCAGACACUACAGGGAGGUGCCAUGCAAUCCGGCCCUAAAACUCUUCAUUUGUCGAUCGCAGAAUAAUUGGAAAUGGAUUUGCCUUUUUCUCCUACAACAUUAUACUUGAAACAUCUGUAUAUAAUGAGGCAUGUAUUGUCCUUGUAGCGAAAUAUUUGUCAAUAUAGGUUGAUUUUACCUACAAAAUUGUGCUGUAUGAUAACCUUUGUUUUUUCCUCCUUACGAAUGGAUAAUCAAUUACAGAAUUGUUGGACAUGGAUUGUUUUUUUCUCCUAAA